GUGACGCAAGGAGGCAGGAAGUUGAAUCGCCUAGAGAUAGAGGUUUAUGCAACCAUGUGGCCAGUGAUCUGGACUGCCAUGCGCACUUACGCGCCCUAUGUGACCUUCCCAGUGGCCUUUGUGGUGGGAGCUGUUGGAUACCACCUUGAGUGGUUUAUUCGGGGUACUCCUAAUGCCCCGGGGGAAGAGAGGGGCAUUGCAGAGCUACGGGAGGAUAGGAAAUUAGAAGAACUGGCCGGUCAGGACAGCACACAGGUCCUCAGCCUGAAGGACAAACUGGAAUUCACACCGAGGGCAGUGCUGGAAAGAAACCGACCAGAGAAGAGCUAAAUGUCAUGAAGUCCUGGAAGAUUAUCAUAUCAUGAUGUGCAACUUUUCAAACUUUGGGCUCAUUUGUCACACUCAACGGCUUCAGGGACGGGAACUUUCUCUGAAAACUUUUGUGGGAUUUCAUGUCCAAUCUUAUGUCACUUCAUUCAGCCACCCUAAUUACUUGGAGUCUUGCUGUAAUAUGUUCCAGGUCUGCUGAUGGAGCUUGACUGCUGAGAGAAUUUUUUACAACUUUCAUUCUUUGAGACGUCUUAAUAUUCAUCUUCUGCCCUUAGGCAUGCAGACACAUGACUAUAUUGCACAAGUCCUAAAUUGGAAAGCUUUAAUAAGUUUUCCAUUCGUGCUCCCUGUCAUAUGCUUAUGAGACUAAAGCUCAAAGAAAGACCACCUUUGUUAAGUUUUGGUUCUGCGUGAAUAAAAGUGCAUCUUUGCCAGGCAACACUUGAGUGGGACUAGAAAAUCUUUGAGACGUUUGAACUUCGAGUGGCUGAUUCAGAACACUCAAAAAUUCAUACAGGCUCUGUCAUCGCGGGCCUUUGCUAAUUAGUAAUAAUGAACACAGUGAAUUGUGAGGAAUGAAAGCCAAGUUUUGCCUCUGUAUUCUUUUCGGUUCAUGUAAGAACUCUGCACAUUAUUUGAAUAUGUGGACCGGAAAGUUUAACUGGUAUUUCGAACCAAUUAUCUGUGGUUUUGUGUCCAUUUACAUGUAAAGUACAGUGAACUCAUACUGUUGCAGAGAAUAUUACCCAUGUAGUGCGUUCCUAAGUAUUGUUAUGGUCAAAAUGUCAGUGAUAUUUGCACAGCUAACUUUUGUGCUGAAGUGUGUGGGAGACUGCCUUGUGUUCAUAUAAUAAAUGUAAAGACACAGUUUAAUUUUG